AAUCCCGCGCCGCGCUCCCGCCCACCGAGCGGAUCAAGUUUGAAUGAACGGCAGCAGCUGCUCCGGAGCGGGGACGCACACUUGGAUUUGCGGUAAUUAUCGAAAAGUGCGGGGCUCGUCGAUCGCUGAUCCAGGAUGGACAUGAAGAAGAGGAUUCACCUGGAGCUGCGGAACCGCACUCCGGCUGAUGUCAAAGAACUCGUGUUAGACAACUGUCGCUCGAACAAAGGGAAGAUCGAGGGUCUGACAGACGAGUUCGAGGAGCUGGAAUUUUUAAGCACAAUUAACGUUGGACUGACGACAGUCGGCCACUUGCCAAAGCUCAACAAACUCAAAAAGCUUGAACUCAGCGAUAACAGGAUCUCAGGAGGGUUGGAAGUUCUGGCCGACAAGUGCCCCAGCCUCACACACCUCAACCUCAGCGGCAACAAGAUUAAAGACCUCAGCACGAUAGAGCCUUUGAAAGAACUGGCGACGCUGAAAAGCCUCGACCUGUUUAACUGUGAGGUGACGAACCUGAACGAGUACAGAGACAACGUGUUCAAGCUGCUUCCCCAGCUCACGUACCUGGACGGCUACGACAAGGACGACAAGGAGGCGCCGGACUCAGACGCCGAGGUUUACGCAGAGGGCUUGGACGACGAUGACGACGAGGACGAUGACGAGGAGGAGUACGAUGAAGACACAGUACCAGGAGACGAGGAGGAAGAUGGGGAGGACGAUGAAGAGGAGAACGAAGAAGAGGAAGAGGACGACCUAAGUGGAGAGGAGGAAGAGGACGAAGACGUGAACGACAAAGAGGCUGACGAUGAUGAAGAUGGAGAGGGUGAGGAAGCGGAGCAAGGUCAGAAGAGAAAACGGGAGCUGGAUGAAGAAGGGGAGGAAGACGAGGAUGAGGAGGAUUGAGAAUCCUCCUGAAGAAGCUAAGUUGUGACCUGUUAAACUUGUUAUCUCCCAGUCACUCCCCAGCAGCCCCAUGUGUCCCCGCCCCCCCAGUUUCAUAUUGCAGUAGGAGUGGUUGCUUGUUAUUGGCCAGUCAGGUAGACGGGGUUGUCUGGAGGAAUGAGUUCUGUCCCCUUGAUGCUCCCGUGUCCCCGUCUUUAACGUCCACUUUUGACUGCUUCGUGGACACCCAGUUUUGUAAUAUCCAAUAUUAGCAAAGAUAAACCUUUUUAAGAAACCUUUUGUUUUCUCACUGUUUGUGUAAGACCAGUUUUCUGAUGACUUGUGUAUUUGAAGACCCCCCCCC